GCUAAAUAAGGACUGUGAAUAAAAAAUGGCUAGCAGUGUAGUGAGGUACGGCUUACGCAUGCGAGAGACUUUCAGCGUAGUCAACCAAGAUGUGGCACAGUGGUUCCCUGGACACAUGGCCAAGGGGCUCAACCAGAUGCAGAGGAAACUGAAAAGCGUCGACUGCAUCGUGGAAGUUCAUGACGCGAGGAUUCCCAUCUCGGGGAGAAACCCUUUGUUCGAGCACACCCUCUCAGCAAUAAAACCCCAUGUGUUAGUCCUCAAUAAAAUGGACCUGGCUGACUUGAGGCACAGGAACAGCAUUGUCAAGCACCACACCAAGGAGGGCAUCAAACACGUUAUUUUCACCAACUGCAAGCGGCCCGAGAGUCGCGGGAUCAAGAGCAUUAUCCCUACCGUAGCAGAGAUGAUUAAGAACACGGAGCGGUAUAACCGGUCGGAGGAGACAGUGUAUCAGCUUAUGGUCAUUGGCGUGCCAAAUGUUGGCAAGUCCUCGCUCAUCAAUGCUCUGAGGGCCAAGUACCUACGGAAAAGCAAAGCCACCCAAGUUGGAGGGCUUCCUGGCAUCACCCAGAGUGUGCUGGAGAAGAUAAAAGUUUGCGAAGAUCCAAAGGUGUACCUCCUGGACACCCCAGGAGUGUUGGCCCCAAAAAUCCGGGACGUGGAGACAGGGCUCAAACUAGCUCUGGCGGCAACCAUUAAGGAUCACCUUGUCGGAGAGGAGAACAUCGCAGACUAUCUCCUCUACAGAUUGAAUAAAAAUGGGAAUCACUCGUACGUCAAAUAUCUAAACCUCGAGGAACCCACAGACAACAUUCGGCAGCUUUUAGGACUUGCAGCUGUAAAUAAUGGCUGGAAAAGGAAAGUGAGAACCCAGAGUGGCACCCAAGUAAUUCCUGACCUGCAGCUCAGUGCGUCAAAGUUUAUAAAGGGGUUCCGCAUGGGAGUUUUUGGCCCUAUGAUCCUAGAUGACCUGGAGAACAUGAAGGAUUGACUCACGCAGCAAAGAAGAUAAACCCUAAUGUAGAUAAAGGUAUAGCAUGCCAAUCCCCUGUGAGAAGGAUUCGGUAAGUCCGCAUUAUAUCACAAAUCAUCGAGAAAAUAUAAUGAGCUUCUAGGAAGCCUUAUUGUUUUUUUUUCAUUACAUGGUUUUAUAAAAGUGAUGAAUGUU